AUGUUUGGCUCCAGAGACAUUUUAAGUCUCCCAGAAGGUGUCCCAGGUGGCCCCCAGACAAGAAUUCCUCCAGAGGAAGUCGACCCCAAAGAAGGUGAACAGAGUAAGGUAACCCCAGAAGUAGUGAAGCCUCCAAAGAAGGUUGAUCUACAGAGAACGGAUACCCCCGGAGAAAGUGUGCACCUAGAGAUGAUGACCCCAAACAAGUAUUACUGCAGACCAAAGUUUUCCCGGAGAGUGUGUCCCAAAGAACUGACCCCAGAGAAAGCCCCAGAGGUACACGAGACCCAGGCCCCAGAGGUACACGAGACCCAGGCCCCAGAGCUACACGGACCCAAUUUGAGGCUGAGACCCAGGCCCCAGAGGCACACACGGACCCAGGCCCCAGAGGGUACACGAGACCCAGGCCCCAGGGGUACACGAGACCCAGGCCCCCAGGCUACGAGACCCAGGCCCCCAGAGCUACACGAGACCCAGGCCCCAGAGGCUAGGACCCAGGCCCCAGGCUACACGAGGACCCAGGCCCCAGAGCUACACGAGACCCAGGCCCCAAGAGCUACACGAGACCCAGGCCCCAGAACACACGAGACCCAGACUAGGCUACACGAGACCCAGGCCCAGAGGCUACACGGACCCAGGCCCCAGAGUACACAGGACCCAGGCCCAGGCUACACAGGACCCAGGCCCCAGAGGCUACGAGGACCCAGGCCCCAGGCUACGAGGACCCAGGCCCCAGAGCUACACGAGACCCAGGCCCCAGAGCUACACGAGACCCAGGCCCCAGAACGACUUGGUGACGUGUGUUAA